AUGCAUAAAUGGUUUGUUUCAUCACAGGAACUAGCAGAACAUUUGGUUGAAUUAUAUCUGGGAGUUGAAGACCAUACAGAAUGUGACCUUACCUUCUGUAGUCAUACACCAACUGAAACAGCUUGCUCUUUACAAACUCUUAAGGCAAAGGUCUGCCAUGUCUUCAGGUAUUGGAUUCGAACAUUUCCAUUUCAUUUUGACCUUGACAAACGACUAAAGACUAUUGUUGAAAGGUUUGGUCAAAUACUUGAAACUGAAGGAAAUACAAAUUUUUCAGAACUUAUUGAUCUCUCAAAAGUACCAUCAUAUGAUUGGAUGCGCUGUAUGUCUGUUCGCAAUCCCUCCAUUCGACAUUCCAGAAAAGUCUCACUUGUAUUUGACCAUCUUAAACCAGAAGAACUUGCUGAACAACUCACUUGUCUGGAAUAUAAAGUUUUUCGCAGAAUAAAUUUCACAGACUUCAAAAAUUAUGCUUUGACUGCUACCCUUAAAGACAAUCCAAAACUUGAACGAUCCAUAGUUCUGUUUAAUGGACUUUCACAGUGGGUCCAGUGUAUGGUGUUAAACAGAACAACACCAGCACAAAGAGCAGAAGUCAUUGUGAAAUUCAUCAAUGUGGCUCAGAAACUUCGAAGUCUCCAAAACUUCAAUACACUGAUGGCUGUGGUUGGUGGUCUCACCCACAGUGCUCUAGCUAGACUUAAUAAGACUAAUAGUUGUCUUUCAUCUGACACACAAAAACUCCUCAUGGAACUUACUGAAUUAUUAUCAACUAACAAUAAUUUCAGCAAUUAUCGCCGGGAAUACCAACAAUGUAUUGGUUUCAGGGUGCCUAUUUUAGGAGUACACCUUAAAGAUUUAAUCUCAUUACAUACAGCACUUACAGACAAGGUAGAUGGUGCAACUACUAGUUUGAUUCAUUUUCGUAAAAUGGUUCAGUUAUACCAAAUCUUCAAAGAACUCACAUGUUUACAGAAUGAAAAUCUUCCCCUUGAUGCAAAUAUGGAUCUCAUCAAUACCCUUCGGUUAUCACUUGACAUGCACUAUACAGAGGACAAUAUUUAUGAGUUGUCAUUGGCACGAGAACCAAGAUCUUCAUUAAGUGCUCCAGCUACUCCUACCAAACCUGUAGUUUUUGCCGACUGGGUUGCAGGAAUCAGUCCACCAGAUGCUGAAACUAUAAACAAACAUGUACAUAAUAUGGUAGAGGCUGUAUUCAAAAAUUAUGACCAUGAUAAAGAUGGCUUUAUCUGUAAUGCUGAAUUUGAGGCAAUUGCUGGCAAUUUUCCAUUUAUUGAUUCAUUCUGUGUUCUUGAUGCUGACAAAGAUGGUAUGAUCAGUAAAACAGAAAUGAAAACUUAUUUUAUCCGUGCAAACUGCCAUUCCCUUCGAAGCAGCUUCAAACAUGACUUUCAUGAGAAGACAUAUUUCCAGCCUACUUUCUGUAUUCAUUGUACAGGCCUGCUUUGGGGACUUAUUAAACAAGGUUGGAAAUGUAAAGAUUGUGCCAUUAAUGUUCAUAAACAUUGUAAAGAUAUGGUUGUUAUGGAAUGUCGCCCCAAGCUCAACAGUCCACGAAGACAUGAUUCUGUCUUUAAUGAUUCAGAAUAUAGUGGUUAUUCUAGUAAACAGCGCAUGUUCCAUUCUCCGCGUCAUUCCAAGUCUCAUCAAGGAACUCAAACUGACAGUGAUCUGAUAUUUUCAGACAGUGCUAAAGCUUUGAACCAAUCAACAGUGAUUCGAGAAGAAUUUUAUGAAGAACAAUCUUUACUCUAUGACCGCCUCCUCAAGUCAGAAGAGGAACCAUGUAUUGAAGAGGAAAUUCAGCUCGAGAAAAGAUGA